UACCGACUCUCAGUUUCAGUGCCUCAGUGGUUGUCUUGUCAUAGAAGUUGAGCAAGGUCUUUCGUAGUUUUUCGAUAAUAGGGUGCUUGUUUUUUUUUUGUUGUAUGUUUAUUCGGUAAAUACCUACUUUCUUUUUUGCUUUACUGACUUGCGGAAAGUUAGUAGGUACCUAUUAUUGACAGUUAAGCUAACAGUUAUUUAGAUAGUUAAGCAGAGAAAGCAUUGUGUUAUUGAAAUAUUGAACGGUGUUUUAAUGUUCCGACAUGUGGGAUGAAAAGAGAUUGUGAGACCUGUUGACAAUUCCUUAUCCAUAUGGGAAUAUUAUGAUGGCUGGCAUAAUGGAUGAUAAAGUUGAUCCAAAGCUCUUUGUCACUUGUCGUCUCUGUCUUCAAGAUUUAGGACAGUAUCAGAUAGUACCCAAAGUCCAGCAACAAAUAAAAUAUUGCUUCAAUAUAGAUGUGGACCCGUUUGAUGGACUACCACAACUUAUAUGUGUGAAAUGUAAAGGCAUCCUAAACAACUUCUAUGAAAUAAAGACAUUGUUCAGUGAAAAGCAAGCAGACUUGAGAAAUAGGGUGACAAGAAAAGAAUUAAGUUCGGAAACAUAUCUUCAACACCAACAAGACACUGUCAGUUCUAGCCAACAAGCUUCUGAUGACACAAAUACAAUAAAAAAGAAACACUCUAAGAAAAGAGUGCUGAAUUCGUCUUCAUCUGAUGAUAGUGAGUUAGAAUCAUCAUACACUGCAUUGACAAGGAUAAAAAGAAAAUCCUCAAAGAAGUCGGUUACUAAAAGUGUAGCACCAUGGGAGUUAACUUACAAGAAAUCUAUGUCAUGUCAUUUGUGUACUUCUGUGUGGCUUAAUAAAAAAUCAUAUACCAAUCAUAUGCGAUCGCACAGUCACCUGGUAGAAAAGUAUAGAAAUAUACUGAAAAGACAAUGUAAAAUAAAUUUGGUCAAAAUUGAUGGCAAACCCAAUUUAACUGGUUUAGCAGAUAUGGUGGUACACAAUGAAAGUAAAAUAGUUGCUCCUGGGAACUCAUACUUUUGUACCAUUUAUUCAAAAGAAAAUCAUAGCUGCUCCUCUGGUGAACACAUUGUGCAACAAAAAUAUGAAGAUGGAGGUUCAUGUUCAGAUGAUGAAGACAUUGUAUUCAAACCAACCAAAAGAAAAAAGAGGUUUAUAUCUAGAAGUUCCAAUGAAACUGUUGUAAUAGCAAGCAAUAGUAAUAAGAUAUUAUCAGACUUAGAAGAAGACUCUAGUACUCAAUUUAAUAAUGCUGAAACACCCCUAAAAGAUAACAGUCAAUGCAUAAACAUUGAUGAUUCGUCCGACAGCGAAUUGCCCAAUGAAGAAAAUACACAAAAAGUUAAACAACCAAUAGUAGCUCGGGAAAGUGAUUAUCAAACAAUUCAAGAUAUGAUAUCAGCAUGUGUUAGUUCCUAUACUAGCAAGAAAAACGAAUCAUUUGAGAUAGAUUCUAAUAUAAAUACGAAAAAAGGGAAAAAGAAAGAUAGUGCAAACCCUAUCACUCUACUCAACCAUAAAGUUUUAAGCAUUGGAAGGAAAAUUGUUACUAAACAAGGUCUCAAUUGUACUGGAAUAUUAAGAUACUUAGAGUAUAGGGAUCUUGACAUAGUCUGGUUACCCAACAAUGCAAGUACAAAUUACAUUCAUAUUUCAAUGACAAAAUCAGAUGCACUUGCAAAUGAUAAAGAAAGUAUGUGGAAAAGUAUACCUAAGACAUUAAUGUCACCUGAAUCAUUGCCUACUAAAGUCGCUAUUGCAUCCUUGCCAGCCACACUAUACCUCGAUAAUAAAUCGAGUAAUUUAGAUUCAAAGAAAAUUUUAAAUGCCCAUCCUGUUGCAAACCCUAAACAAUUGCCAAGGAAAUUGGGACCAGCUUCUGAAUCUAGAGCACAACUUUCGAGAACGUUUGAAGAACCAGCAUUCUGUAUGCCUAUUAUUGCAUCGACAACUUCAUUAGCAGAAGUAUCUACUGAUCAACAGAACCAGGAAGCUAAUGCCAAAACUAGUGCUACAUCUGAAGUCACUGUAGAGACGACCACUUCAGCUCCCAGAAUUAAAGUAAAACCAGUAUCUGAACUAAUGUCACAAGAAACUUUGGACAGUCUUAAGCAAAAACAAAAUAUGCCUGCUACUAGUAGUAACAUGUUGUCAAACCAGAUUGAUAAUGUUUGGGUGCAAAAUAAGCCAGCCAAUGUGUUUCUUCCAAAUGUGUUGGUUCAGCCGCAAGUAGACAGCCCCAACAUGCAAGUAAUCCAAAUGCCGACCCUAACUUUAGAUUCUACAAAUUCAGUGACUGCCAAUGAAGAAGAUGAUAGUCAAGAUUAUGUAAUACUAGACACGGCUGAUCUUCCAAAUACAAAAACAAAAUCGCCAAUGUCAUAUCUGAAAAGUCUCUUGCAAAUUCACAAUAUAGUAUUAUUAAAUACAGAAGAAGCAAUAACAAAAGAUUUUAUUGUUCUCAUUAAAUUUAAAGCAUUAUUUAAGCAAAAUAAGACUACACCUAUAUUGCUUUGCCUAUCUUUAUACUGUUGUAAGAAUAUGUUUUCUAUACAGGUUAGAGACAGAUAUCAACUAGCUAUUGACAUGUUUCAAAUGUCUGCUAACUGGCAAUGGGAAAUCCUUCAAGUGUAUUGUGGUGAAGUUACUGUGAAAGCAUUAGAGAGUGCUCGGAAACAUGGCCAAGAAGUGUAUGACUAUACAAAUCAUUUUUAUUGCUUACUCAAAUCCAUCAAUUAUCGCAAAGCUUGAAUGUGAUGAUAACUGAAUUUAAUAUGUGGUUUGCCGGGACGUAGAUCUAACUGAGAAGCAAUAUAGUUUGUAGUUUCUAUUGAUUCCAGAAGUGGAAGGAUUAGUUUCAUAUCAGGAUCAAUUUUACUGGUCAAUAUUAUUUUAUCUCUUAAAAAUUUACUUAAUGGAACAAUUUUGUAGUAUACCAUGAUGUGAUCAUUAAUAUGCUUAUGCUUUACCUAUUAUUUAGAGGAACCUUUCUAAUAAUGAUAAUACUUUUUAUUCGUGUAGGUAAUAUAUUUUUUUAUGGAAUAAGCCGGUAAACGAGGAUUCAGAUCACCUGAU